CAACAAGCCAACAAAGCAACAGUUACAUGCUCAGCAAGACAAGCGCAAGGUUGUUCAGAUCCACGCUCGCGCUCCCCCUCCUCCGCCCUACCACUAGAACCUUCAUGUCGACCAGCCCCGCUGCCAAGAAGCAAAAGAUGACCAAGACUCUCGCGACCCACAACGGCACCUUCCACUGCGACGAGGCCCUGGCCAUCUACCUCCUCCGCCAGACCGAGGAGUUCAAGGACUCGCAGCUCGUCCGCAGCCGUGACCCCGCGAAGCUCGAGCCUGCCGACAUUGUCGUCGACGUCGGCGGCGUCUACGACGCCUCCAAGCACCGUUACGACCACCACCAGCGCGGCUUCACCGAGGUGUUCGGCCACGGCGGCUUUGACAAGAUCAAGCUCAGCUCGGCCGGCCUCGUGUACAAGCACUUUGGCAAGCACAUUAUCGCGAAGACGCUCGGCCUCGCCGAGGAGGACCCCAAGGUCGAGACUCUCUGGCUCCACCUGUACGGCGAGUUCAUCGAGUCGAUCGACGCCAUCGACAACGGCGUCAACAUCACGUCUGGCGAGCUCGCAUACAACCAGCGCACGGACCUGAGCUCGCGCGUCCGCCGCCUCAACCCCCGCUGGAACGAGCCCACCUCGGACGAGAUCUACGACGAGAAGUUUGAGGCCGCGUCCAAGAUCACGGGCGAGGAGUUCGCCUCGCAGCUCGACUACUUUGCCAACGCGUGGCUCCCUGCCCGCGACAUUGUCGUCGCCGCCCUCGAGGACCGCUUCAACGUCGACAAGUCGGGCCAGGUCGUCGUGUUCAAGCAGUCCGCGCCGUGGAAGGACCACCUGUUCAACAUUGAGCCUACCCUCAACCCCUCCUCCAAGAUCCUCUACGUCCUCUACCCCGAGUCGCCCGACAAGGCCGACUCCAAGUGGCGCAUCCAGUGCGUCCCCGAGUCAUCAGACUCGUUCAUCAACCGCAAGUCGCUGCCCGAGGCCUGGCGCGGCGUGCGCGACGCCGACCUGUCAAAGGUCUCGGGCAUCCCCGGCGGCGUCUUCUGCCACGCUUCUGGCUUCAUUGGCGGUAACGAGACGUACGAGGGUGCUCUGGCCAUGGCCCGCGCCGCGCUCGCAGAGUAGAUGUAGCAAUUGGUAUAUGACAUUGCAUGCAGGGUAAAACUAGAAAUUACUUUCCACUAACGGUGAGGUAGCCCGCAUGGCGAUUGACCCUCCACCCGGCGUCGGUGAGCGCGUUGUAAACGGCCGGCCCGAGAACACCAACACCGCCCGCAGAGUGGUUGCCCUUGCCCGUCACGAUGACGAACGAGGCUUGUGGGCCGCCCUUACUUGUGGCCCCUCUCUCCUGCUUGGCCCACCAUCUCGUCGUGGUCUCGAGAGACAGGGUGACCGCCUCGUCGAUGGUGAGCUUGUGAAGGUCGAUGACAUUGGGGGUCUCGGCCUGCUGGUUCUCCAGCUGGAUGCGAGCACUCUUCAGCUGCCAGGAUUGUGCAGCCGCCGUCGCCUCGCGCGCCCGCAUAGCGUAGUGACUCUUGGCCAUGGCCGCCAGGUCCUUGCGACCACCAGCGGCGAAACGAUAGUGAUGAGCGCCAGAGCGGAUGGCGUCCGCGCGGCGUUGCCACUCGACCUCACCCCGGCGAUUGCAUUCCUCCAACGACAGGCGGCCGUCG